GUGUCGCUGGAUUAACCCGCCCACUGCACGCUGAUUGGUCGCCGCGCCUGUCAAUCAUCGGCUGAGGUUGCGCCCUGUUAUCCAGGCAGAUUAUGAAGCAGCAGUGUUCAGCAUCAUCUCUGGCAGACUCAUCUGGAUGUAUACAUGGCAUCAACGUGGCUUGCGUUAUUUUCCUUUGUUUUCCUGCAGAUAUCCUCGUCUUAUGAGCAGCUGUCUGCCUUUGUGGAAGGAAGCUCAGAUGAUGCACCAUCCCAAGACAUCAGCAUUCAAGAAAGUGGGGUGGACGGCGAUGGCUCGGUGUUUGUGGCCGAAGCACGUCUCAGACGAGCGCUGCAGCCGUACGGAUGGCAGCUUCACGCUCCUCCACGCAGGAAGUUGCUGCAGUCUCCAGGAAUGUUGCCGUACUCUCCUCUGAGUGUGACGUACAACGGCAAGACCUGCAUCCUCUUCAGGGCCCGCAAACUGGCCAUCAGGUACAGGAAUCACAGUUUAGUGGACCUCACAGAGCGAAUCUUCAGCCCAGACACACCGGUGGACACCAAAGGCUCCUUCUGCAGUAAAGAUAAAGCCAUACUCAAUCUACGGUUUGGCGACGUGGAAGAUCUUAGAGGCCUCUCCAUAAGGCUACAGAUGUCAAAUACGUUCUACGAGUCGGCGGGACAGAACUGGUUCACUCUUGAUAACGUGCACAUCCAUUACAACUGGACGUACGAGGCCACGUUCAACGCUACAGAUGUGUACGCGCCCUCCACCAACUCAUAUCACUGCCAGCACGUCAGCAGCCUGCAGAAGUACGACACGCUGCUGGUGCCCAGCGCCAACACCGACCACGCCGCAAACUGGCACAUCACCUUCACUGACUUCCAGAUCCAGGCGUUCAACGUUCAGUCCAGUAAGUUUGCGUCGGCCAGCGACUGCGCGACCUUCUUCACCCCAGCGAUCCUGAUGGGUCUGAUCACGUCUCUGAUCCUGCUGCUGGUGUUAGCGUACGCUCUGCACAUGGUGGUUCAUCUGAAGCACAUCGACCGCUACGAAGAGCACAAGACCACCGUCUACUUCCCUCGCAGCACAGAAGCGGAGUGCACAGAGAAGAACAACCUCUAGGGUCCUGUCGCAGGCCGAGAGACGGACACUUCUGUGACUGUGAGCUCUGGAACUAAAAUCAGCGGCGGCCAGACAGGAGAAACUCCCAUCUGCACGGGGAACCAGGGCUCUUUGGGACUGACUGCACCACGGCAGUGACAUCAUUGUGGUGGGACAGUGGAAGUCCGAAUCGGGUUCCUUCGGGAGCUUUACAGGCUCAGUGCAUGGGAGGAUUUGGAGAUAUCAGCCAGUUCUCACCAAAAACCUAGGAAUUAAACAUUCAGCGUGAGGUUUCAUGAGCGCUCAUUUCUGAUGGAGAUCUUCAGAUGUUUGAAUGCAAUUCGAAAUAGCACAAUAAUCAAUAUAUCUUACAUUUGCAUCGCCUGUCUUUUAACUUAAUAAUACUGAUGCUUCUUUAAAGUCAACAUGAAAUGUGUUUGCAACCAAUUUACCUUUGUAAUAAUAUGAGAUAUUUGCACAUGAAACAGGACAAGCAUGUAGAAAAACUUGAUUUUUCCAUCUGCAACUGAUGGUGCACAACAAUACAAUGAAAUCAAGGAACAGUAAAUAGCAUCAUUUUUGAUUUCAUGUUGACUUUGAAGUUUUAAACUAUGAAUAAACCAUUAUGAUUGUGUAAUAUAGUUUUAAUUUGAUGAUCAAUUAAAUAAAUGAAAAAAGGAAUGCUAAAGGCCCGUUCACACUAAGAAUGAUAACGAUAUCUAUAUUUGCGUCCACACCAACGAACGAUAACGGUCUGUUUAUUGUAAGCUCACGCGCUGUGGUUUCAAAGUGUGUACAAUGUGUUUUUGCUGUUCUUGUUGCAUUUACACGCUUUAACCAGCAGAUGUCCUCAGCAUACUAUGUUUCGAGUGAAUAGCUAGUGUAAUCGAUCUAAUCUAACAGUGAAUUAGCUGACGAAAACAAUAUAGUGGAAUAAAAACAAUGCCUAGUCUUUUUCACUGCAACUUCAAAGGAUGCUAGACAAUGUUAGCGAAACUAGCGCUGGUCACCUGAAAUAAUUAGGGGUUCAAGCGCGUAGUGCUGAAACUAUUGUAAUUGUUAAAUUUUCCAAGGAUCAGCAUUCUCCCACAAAAGUGAUCGGGCAGACCAAACGGUAAGUCGUAGAGACUUUAAACUUUGAGGGCUGGUAGUACUCAUACCGCCAACAACGUCACCAAUGCUCGGCCUGACGGGGGCGCUACAGCACGAAAUGGCUUAUAACUCCUGAACCGUUAGGCGUAGGCUCGGGUGUCUUAUAUCGUUGGAAUCCUUGGCUCAAGGCGAAAUUUCCGGGUAUAGAACUGUGAACUAGUCCUAGGUAUUUGACCCAGUCGGAACCAAACCAGUGCAGAAAUGUUCUCUGUAGUCUGAAUAUCAAUAAUUAUCAAAAAAUUUUUAAUUUUGAUUCACGGUCGCUAAGGGACGCCAAAACGAACAAUGAGGGUGGAGCCACUUUUACUAAAAUGGCUAUAACUCAAGAACAAAAUUAGAUAUUUGCACCAAACUCAGUACACGUAUGUAGGGGCUCAAUCUUUGGUCAUGGUAAAAAAAAUCGCGUCAAUUGGACACUAGCUGGCGCUAUAACUUGAAAAAACGUGAAAACAGCUGUAAUUAUGCAACCGUUUGUCCGAUCGACUUGAAAUUUGGCAUGCAGUGUCUUGGUCCAAGGGGGCAUGAUAGUCUAUGAGGACAUUGGCGUAUCUCAAAAAACAUGGCCGCCAUUGGCCAAUGAAGUUUGUGCACCUAUUUGACAAGGUUAACGGAGGCCGAUUGGAACGAAACUUGGUGGGCAUGUUCGACUCAUGGUUAUUUUCACGAGAGUGACGUCCUUAGACUUCUGAAACCUUGCCGAGUCCAGCGAUACCAGACAUGCCAGGUUUUGGCUUACAGUUUGUGCAAUGUUGUGAUUUAGUGCUUAAAAAACUUUUGCAAAUAUCUUCAAAACCGCUUGUCCGAUCGAGACAAAACCAGCGUAGGAAACACGGAACCUAAAUUAGUUAACUAAAUGCUACUGCCCAAAUGUCAAAAUUUUGAUAGGAAAUCGCAAAAAAGGGUCAUUUUUAUGUUCUCAUAUAUAUAAGUAUAUAUAACUUCAAAACGAAAUGAGAUAUUUUCACCAAAAUUAACACACAUAUGUAUUGGCAAACUGAGGACACCCCAAAAAAGUGUUGGAGAUCAGGCAAUAGGUGGCGCUAUAACUGUCAAAAAACCUUUUAAAACCAUAUUUUUCCUUACUAAAUUGCCUGUAUUGGCCGUAAAUGGUCUUUUCCAUCUAUUAUCCAAGUGUUUACAUGCUUGCUAAAUAAAAUAUAAUAACUUUUUAUGUGCUUAAAGGUCUUAAAUGCUUGAACCCCGAUAAAUGCUGCUUGCAGCUUUAAUUUUAUUUUACUGUUUGCUAGCCUGGCAUAAUGAUCUCAUCUGUAAUACUUCUCACCAUUUAUUCCGGGGAUUAUGACCGAUUGUUUUCCAUUUUCUUUAAAGUAUCCUCGUCAAACAGCCUUUUCUGUACCUCAGCAAAUAACUUCUCCGCAACGUUGUCCGCCAUUUUAAAUGCGCGAGCGCUUAAAUUAGAACGGAUUCUGAUUGGCUGUCAGUGUUUUAUCAUUUAACAGCAGGAAAAAAAUAGUUCUGAAAGUGAUCCCUACGAUAUCGUUAUGGCUGGGUUGUGGACAGUGGAUCGUAGUUAUCGUUCUUGGUGUGAACUGGACUUAACAAUUAAUAAUAAAGCAUACUGCGUAAUGGUUUCAAUACAGUGUUUAACCAGCAAAUAUUUUAACACAUUUUCCUUGAGAAGUUGCAAAAAAAUUAAGACAUAAUUUAUUAAUUACUGACGUUAUUUUGAAAGUAUGUAUUUUUUAAAAUUAUUGUCAUGGUAUUUUUGUGUAGAUUGUAUGUUAACUCUGGUUUUUGUAAUUUCGUAUUUAAUUUUUUCAGUCUUUUGUGUAUGAUUUCAUGCUGAGCCUUUGGCUGUGGUGAAGAGCGGCUUCUUAUUACUUGGAUUUUAAGCAAAACAACAAUGGAAGCAACAUGACGUCUGUUGUGUAGUGAACAUGCUGCAUGCCAGUGGCUAGAGACAUUUCACAACCUGAAUAAUCAGAUGGUUUGCGUUGUACCAUGUACUGUAUAUUGGUAAUAAUCAUAAUGUGCUAAAUAAGGGAAAAUAUGUUUGUUUUCUUUCAUGUACACAUGUAUUUGGGAACAUAUUAAUAGCUUAACUUUGUUCAGCAGACAUUUAUGCAGAUAAAAUGGAGAGAUGUGAAAUGGGCUAUGAUGUAUUAAUAUUUGAUGAUUAUUAUUGCCCUCUCAGUUGAGUUCAAUAAAACCAGCAGCACAGUUGCGUUUCAAAAUUA